AUGGACGAAGCCGACAGCAUAUCUGUUAAGCUCACCGAGCUCCUACGACACCCGGAAGACCUUGACAAGAUAUCUUCGCUCAAGUCUGAAUUCUCGCGAAAGAAAGGCCAUGUUGAUACACAGCUCAAAGCUGCGCUCGCGACACAGCUCAAGGUCACGCAGUCCGGAAUUAAUGCAAUCAAUGAUGGGCAAAAAAUCUUGAAUGCGAUCAAGGAGGAGAUGAUUAAAAUUGAUAAAUUGUGCAGUGAAGCGGAGGAUAUGAUCGACGAAUUCCCAUUGAUAAACAAGAUUUCGAAGAUUAACCGGAAUUUCGUCGCUGUGGAAGAGAUCAAGUCUAAGCUCAAGGGCCUGGAUUCUCGGUUGGCGGAGGUGGACCGCAUGCUCGCGGAUGACUCUGCGUUGGCAAAUGAGAUGCCGAACCUUCUACCUAUCCACUUCGCGAUUAUGCAGUUACAGGAUUUCAGAGAGGAUGUUAUGCACCAGAGUGAGCGAGCGGAUAACGAUGUUAAGGAGACACUCGAGAGCUAUUUUUCACCGCUGGAGAAUACUGUAGGAAUGUUUGAUGAGAGGGUCGGGAUCAUUUCUAUGAGCUUGAUUGAGCUGGUUCGAGCUGGGAAUAGAAGUCUUGUUGUUCGUCUUGCAAAAAUCAUCGACUCUGAAGAGCGGUCCGACGAGAAGGUCCUAGCUCUUCAGGAAGCCCAAAAUAAUCAUCAGGAUCUAGCUACAAGGUUCAAAUCGAUACAAAAAGGGCCAAAAGUAGCCCGAGGAUAUAAGGGAAAGUUCCUCGCCUGCGUAAAAGCCGCCGCUCAGGCUAAAUUUGACGCUGCGAAGGAGCGAUUCGAAGACAAUCCAGAAGGCCUAGAAGAGUGUCUGGGCUGGUACUUUGGCGAUCUGCAAACCGUCAAAACAGAGUUCGUCCAGUUGAUGCCCCGGCGCUGGAAAAUCUUCGACACAUACCUUGAAAUCUACCACAGCUUGAUGCACGACUUUCUCAAAGUCCAAAUCGAAAAGCCCGACCUCGACGGCCAAAGUUUACUAAACAUCAUCCUGUGGAACGGGGAAUAUAAUAAGGGCAUGAAGGCACUCGGCAUCAAAGCAGCUGAACUGAAGCCUCAACUCAUUGACGGUCGAGAGGCGGAGCUACUGAAGGAAUACUCCCAACUGAUCGUCAAAAAGAUGGAAGAAUGGAUGAAUAAGAUAACGGAGGACGACACAAAGGACUUCAUCCUCCGAACCCACCAGCCUAACGAGGAAGACUCGAAAUGGCACAUGCCCAGCGUGCCAACAAUGUUCACCAUGAUAAACCAACAACUCAACAUCGCGCUCGACAGCAACAAGGGCAACGUCGUAACGGGAGUCGUGGAUGAGUGCGUUCGCCUGCUCAAGAACCGCCAGGUCCGUUGGCAAGAGGUCAUGGCAGACGAAGUAAACAAGCACGUCAAAGCCACCACAAAGGAAGACCUGGACGACCUCCCGGACGGAAUCCUGGAAUACAUGAUGGCGGUGGCAAACGACCAAAUCCGUUCAGCAGCCUACACGCAGGAAAUCUCAGACCGCGUCGCCCCACUACUCUCCAAGAAAUACGAAGAUCAAGUCCGCCGUGCGCUAGAAGAUGCCAUGAACGGCUUCGUGGACCUGGCAACCUACUCCCUCGCACAGAUUAUAGAAAUCAUCUUCAACGACCUCAAACCCCCGAUAAAGAACCUUUUCACCCCAGUCUGGUACAACGGGUCGGACAUGGAAACUAUGGCCACGACCAUGCGAUCCUACAUUGUCGACUUAAACCCGGGUCUCGACGCGGAUCUGUUCCCGGCAUUCAUGCACCAGCUCUCGGAAAAGACGUGCGUAGCCUACCUUGGCGGCGUGCACAACAGGGGCGCGAAAUUCCGCGCUUCCGAGGCAGCGGCGCAGAUCCGCUCGGACGUGGCCGUCGGGUACGGCUUCCUGACGGAGUUCAUCGACAGGGGCGAGGUCAAGGGCGUGUGGACCGUACUGGAACACUUCCUUGCCCUCAUUUGCAGCGAGAAGCCGCUCCUCGGCGAGAAGUACGAUGCCUUCAAGCAGAGUUAUUGGGACCUCCCCAUCACUUGGGUCGAGGCCGUUAUCAAGUGUCGGGAUGACAAGAGUAAGGAUAUGCUCGAGGUUGUCAGGAGCCGUGGGACUUAUGUGCCCCGGGGUGGGGAGAGCACUAUUAUGUCUAGGUUUGUGAUUCUUUUGGAUGUUGGGCUUGGGGGGAUUUAG